UUUGCCAGAGUGUUUCGGUCGAUUAGGAAUUUCCAACGAGCUUAGGAAUUUCCGAUUUUCCGAAAACAACAAUCGCCGCGGCUCCUCCCGCAAACACUCGUCAUCGAUAUAUUUACAUUUCCGUUACGUCGCACAAAUCUGCAUCGAGUGACGACAACGAAGAAAAAUUGGCUAUCAGUCUUCUUCUCGCAUGAUCCCUUUGUUAUUCGAACAAUCAAUCGAGUGACUGUUAUUAGUGAAGCAAAAGAUUGAGGAUUCGUUGUUUCCGCAAUUUUGCUCCAAAGGUUAAAGACAGCAAUUUUGACUUUUUAAUCUUGGAUAUUCUACAUAUUAACACUUACUUCUCUCAGAUGCAUACAAGAUUUUAACACCAAGAUGCCUACUACCAAUGCCAAGAAGAAUAAAGAGGAUGCAAACAAGGAAGCCUACAGUUCAGAUGCCUCGCGGGAAGCCAAACCUUUCUUGGAGAAAAUCCUGGGUGAUGUGAGCAAAUCCUCAGCGACCAAACAGAUUCUCAUUGGCAGCACAUCUGGAUGGGUAACUGGAUUUGUCACCAUGAAGAUCGGAAAGGUGGCAGCCUGUGCAAUUGGCGGUGGGAUCAUCAUGCUGCAAAUUGCCGCGCAUCAGGGCUACAUAAAUAUCAACUGGGAUAAGAUCAAGACGAAGGCUGAGAAAAUAUCAGACAAGGUGGAAGAAAAAAUUACUGGCGAAGGGCCACAUUUCAUGGAUAAGGUCGAGAGAUGCGUCGAUAAAAAGCUGGAUAAAGCCGAGCGAUUGGUGAAACAGGGGCAGACUCGUGUGCGACGCUGGUACCACAUGUUGAUCGGUGACGAGGACACCUUCCAGGCAACGGAAUUCCACUUCUUUCUAGUCUCAUUUGUGGCGGGAGUCGCGCUCGGUGUCGCUACCGCUAACUAGGUAAUAAGUUGCUGCACUCUGAAUGCAACCAAGAGGAACAUUCACGUUGCGUCGAAGAGCAGUUGUUCCGCUACUAUUGACGCGCAUGACAACGUCGUCGACGAGUAUAACAACACAAUCAUGGAUGAGGUAAGGAACAAGAUCAACGUGCUGAAGAAAUGGGUGGCGCGAACUACGCUUAAUAAUCCUAGAUAAAGGCUUUAUUUUUUAAUCUGUCAUUGAUGUUAGCGGUGAAUAAAACUUAUUCGUGCAUUGCAGAACCACUUAUGUUUUUUUCUUUUUUAACUCAAAUUGUUUAUUUUUUAAUUUUUUUAAGAUUAAACAAGUAAAAUAAAUUUUACUCAUCGCUAUCAUUUCUAGAAUUAACACAUCAAACAAAUGAAAGUCCCUAAUGUUUUUCGACGUAUUCGAUUAAAAAAUGAAUUUAUUUGUACUAGUCAGAUUUAUUGAAAUUUUAAAGGUUUUGCUUUAAUAAAGUUAUUCACUUUAUGUAUUAUACUCUUUACCUAUAAUUUACGCGCGAUUCGGAAUAUUUCUUAUUAGGAAAAGAAAUUUUAGAAUCUCCGUAAUUUUACUAUCACGUAAUUCGGAAAGAACAUGUGUAAACCAAAGGUUAUAUAUAACAUGUGCAUACAAAACAGUACAGAGAUUUCUUGUUCGUUCAGAAUGCAGCAAGAAAUUAGUCAUUCUAGGAGAUAAACAUUAGAAUAAUAUUGUACACUAUUCUUCAUAUUAUUAUUGUAAAAGAUUGUGAUUCCAAUUUUUCUUCAUUGUUUAUAUGCUUUUAAUUUGCUAAUCACAGUAUAUUGCCAUCGCAUUAUUUAUACUUAUACAUAUAUUUACAUGUAUUGUCAACAAUAAAAAUUAUUUAAUGAUA